AAUGACGUCAUAAUAUUAGAUUAUUGCCACCCAUACUACUGCUAGCAGCGUGAAAGAAGCUUCUGGAAGAGGCGCUUUGAACUGAAGGCUCCACUAUAAACUUCUCCACAUCGCCGACUUUGUACAGAUCAACCAUCAAAAGUCAAUCAUGGUGAAAGAAACAGGAUUCUAUGACACAUUGGGUGUGAAACCUAAUGCCACACAAAGUGAACUGAAAAAAGCAUAUCGUAAACUAGCCUUGAAAUAUCACCCUGACAAAAAUCCUGUAGAGGGAGAAAAGUUUAAGCAGAUCUCACAGGCCUAUGAAGUGUUGUCAGAUGCCAAGAAAAGAGACUUGUAUGACCGUGGAGGUGAAAAGGCCAUUAAAGAAGGAGGAACUGGAGGUGGUGGAAAUUUUGCAUCCCCCAUGGACAUUUUUGAUUUUGUUUUUGGAGGUGGUAGUCGGAUGCACAGAGAAAGAAAAGGCAAGAAUAUUGUUCAUCAGAUUUCAGUGACUCUGGAGGAUCUUUAUAAUGGAGCUACAAGAAAACUUGCUGUCCAGAAAAAUACUCUUUGUGACAAAUGUGAAGGUCGUGGGAGUCGAAAAGGAGCUGCACAGAUGUGCAUGUCUUGCCAUGGUACCGGCAUGCAGGUCCGUGUGCACCAAUUGCUACCAGGUAUGGUCCAGCAAGUGUCCACGGUGUGCCACAACUGUCAGGGCCAAGGACAGCGAAUCAGCCACAAGGACCGCUGCAAAGCAUGUGUAGGUCGUAAGAUCCUGCGACAAAAGAAAAUCCUGGAGGUCCACAUUGACAAGGGAAUGAGAGAUGGACAAAAGAUAGUUUUCCAUGGAGAGGGAGACCAGGAACCAGGUCUUGAGCCAGGUGAUAUCAUUAUUAUCCUGGACCAGCAAGAACAUCCACGUUUCACCAGGAAAGGAGAGGACCUGAUCAUGUCAAUGGAGCUGCAGCUGGUUGAGGCUUUGUGUGGUUUCCAGAAACCUGUUCAAACACUGGACAACAGAACUCUCCUCAUCACCUCACAUCCAGGAGAAUUGAUUAAACCUGGAGACACAAAAUGCGUCUUGAAUGAGGGGAUGCCCAUGCACCGUAGGCCGUUUGAAAAAGGGCGCCUAAUUAUACACUUCUCUGUGGUGUUUCCACAAGCCAACUUCCUCCCUAAGCAUAAGCUGAAGGAUCUGGAGCGCUACCUCCCCGUAAAGAAGGAGGCAGAGCAGCUGGAGAGUAUGGACGAUGACCUGUACAUCUACGCCGACCUGGAGGAGUGUGACUUUGAGAACAGAAAACGUCACAGCCGUCAGUACUACUAUGUGGAUGAAGACGACUAUGCAAGUGCUGGGGGUGUUCAGUGUCAGACAUCCUAAAUCCCAAUUAACCUGUUCGUAUUCCUGACAAGAAUCACCAUCUCUAAACAAAAGCACCUUUUUGGAGUUUUGUGCACUUUUUAUUUUAUUACUUCUCUUUUAAUCUUAGCUGUCUGAAUCAUGAAACUGUGCCCUAACGUAGCCUGAUGGUUUUUGCAGCUGUUGUAAUACUACGUUGACAGAGAGGGGUCUUGCAGUGCCAGGACUAAAUGUGGAUCCAGAUGAAUGGGGUUUCUCUUCAGCUCUGGGACAUUUUCUAUUUUCUUUCUUAUCGCACUGUGAUCAAAAAGUGGAGGGCUGGUACUGAGGAGACUUCAGAAGAAAGAAAAAUGUCAAGGUCUAAACCAGGACUGUCUGCUUUUAUGCAGUUGGACUAAAACUGAUGCCAAUAUAAAUAUUAAAAUAACAGUUUUCUUAGUGCUACUAAAUCGUUGCGAAUGCGUGUUACCGAGUUGUUACAUACAUUUUGUCUUCAGUCUUGGCUUUAGAAAUAUAUGGUAAGAAUUAAAACAUUUAUGCUGUUAUACCCUUUCAAGGGCUAUUUUCUAAACAGUGUCAUGGAAAGUGACAAAAUGUGAGUUGAGAGUCAAAGACUGACGCAUGCAAGUAUUUAGAUUCAGUUCACUUUAACUUAACAUUUUUUGAGCUGCCAAAGUUGUUUGUGGUGGAAAAAAAAGUCUGGAAAUGGAAAAAUAUCAUGCAAAUAUGACCCACUUUGGUUAUGAGCCAAAUAUGUAUGCAGGGGAGGUACUCAGUGUUCAAAGUCACAUAAGUUGGAAAUAGGUAAUAAGAAAGCUGUCCAGAUGACUACUAAAAACUCAGAUCUUGUUACAUUCAACACUUCUGUAUUCCAGAUUUAAUAUAUUGUUCAGAGUUUUACCUGCUGCCUUGGUUGAAACGGUUCCUCACAUUAAGAAGUCUGUAAUUUCCUCGCCUGUCCUGCCAAGCUAUGUGGAAAACAGUGGCUAAUGUUGAGGUUUUAAAGGUUUGAUGUUUGUUGGUGAGACUUUUUCAGAUGUAUUAUAAGAAAAGUAGUGAUGGAUGUUGGACCACAAGCUACUGAGCAUGUGUUUUUUUGUUUGUUUUGUUGUCAUAAUUCCUGUCCUAAUUGCCAAAGUGUCCGGAGGCUUGAUUAGGAACAUAUUCAUGACGCCUUUUACCUCAUCAAAGUAUCUGCCUGUUUUAAAGCCUUAUCAUGACUUGAAAUGAUGCAGUUUUCUUCCAUGAUGAUUUUUCCAAGCGAUAUUUCAGCACUAUGCUUACUACUUCUGUUAACAGAUGUUUUUCAAAGCAUAUGCAGUUUUAUUAACAUUACCACUCAACUCAGUGUGCAACUUGUGAAAUUUAUCUACAGUAUGUGUCGUCUUAAUUUGACUGUAAGCAUAUUAGGACCAAUGGUUUAAUUGUUUAUGCUCAUGUUUUCUAAUAAAAUACUGUUUAAUGGUCUUUGAUGAAAAUGUA